AUGUCGUUCCUCGAUCCUCAUGGAUACAAGGGUAAGUUGCACAAACUUGUUAGCGAGGCCGUUCGCAACAUAUCUGAGAACUUUAAUGAAGCUGGUAUGCUAUGGUCUUACACUAUUCCCUUUUAUCCUAGUAAUGUCGCGGUUAAGCAUCUGCGUCCACCAGGCGGCAAGUGCCAGAAAAGCAAGUGCCAGCAUAGCACCGUAGCAAAUGUCGACGCCAAUGCGGGCUGGCGUGGUGUGUAG